AUGGAGCCACAGACGCCUGCACCGAAGCGACCGACGGCGGCGAUAGAACUGAACAUCAACGCCCACCAGGGAGAGCGCUUCCUCAUCCAAGGACACGACUUCUGGGACAGCUAUGAGUAUUCCAGACGAAUCGAAAAGAUCUUCGAUGCCCAGAUUGGAGACCAGUACUUCAGCGGUCGCACAGUGGCCGACGGCGGCGCCAAAUCACUUGCCCAAGAGGACGACGGCAAGGAGCGUCACCGCCUCAUCCAACGACACAACGUCAUCAAAGAGUUGGUCGACACGGAGGCAGUCUUUGUCCGAGAUAUGAACAUUGUCGAGGAAAUUUACAAGGGAACUGCGGAAGCUUGCCCCAAGUUAGACUCGAAAACGGUGAAGCUCAUUUUCCGCAACAGCGAUGAGAUCAUCCAGUUCCACACAUACUUUCUCAGGGGGCUCAAAGAAGCCAGCAACGUGGAGAGCAUGAAGCUUGCGCACGAAGGCUUCCUCCGGAACAGCGACCAGGCUGCGAAACGACUGAUUCAGAUACAGCAGGAUCCUACGGUCCAGGUGUGGUUGAACGAGUGCAACGAGGUGGCCAAGGAUCUGACGGCUGCUUGGGACCUGGAUUCUCUCCUGAUCAAACCCAUGCAGAGAAUCACAAAGUAUCCCAACCUGAUCAUCACCCUUCUCCAGCACACGCCACAGGAUCACCCGGACCGGGAGGCGCUUUUAGCUGCCAAGGAUUCUCUUGAGACUGCCAUUGUCGAGAUCAACAGGACCAAGAAGAACUUUGAGCUCGUCGGUCAGAUCGUGGGAAGGAAGAGGAAGGAGUCUGACGUCAAGGCUGGUUUCGCACGUGCCUUCGGCAAGAGGGUCGACAAGUUGCAGGCGUCCAACAACCGGCCUCCCGAGGACCAGGACUAUGCCAAGCUUCACGAGAAGUUUGGCGACGAUUACCUCCGACUUCAAGUUGUCCUCCGCGAUGUAGAGUUCUACACUCGCCAGGUGUCGGCAUACGUGCACGAGUUCCUCCAGUAUCUGUCAUCGGUCGAGUUGGUCAUGCGGCUUCAGCCAGGCAACUAUCCCGAACUCGAGAGCAAGUGGGUUCAGUUCAACAUCUCGGUUCGAGACCUCGAAAAGGUUGCUCUGGAGGAACACUUGACACAAGUUCGAAAGCAUGUGAUUGAGCCCUUUGAGCUUGUCAUCAAGGCGUACGGGAACCCGUCCUUGGCCAUGAAGAAGCGGCAGAAGCGGCGGCUGGACUAUGAACGAUCCGAGCAGCUGAAGCGCUCUGGCAGAACAGCGGAUCCAAAGCUUAGGGAACUCGUGGAGCAAUACGAAGCCUUAAACGACACGCUGAAAAAGGAACUCCCCACACUCUCUGCCCUGACGGAAAAGGUGGGCAACAUCUGCCUGGGCAACUUUGUCAAUAUCCAGACAGACUGGUAUGCGAUAUGGAAGGAGAAGAUGAAGACGGUGCUCGGGGAUUGCCCGGAGAUACCCGACCUUGAAGAGGUGGUGUCGACCUUUCAGCGAGACUAUCCGUACGCCCGCGACCAACUAGCCAGCAUCGGCAUCCUGAACCCGACGUCUUGGGGCAGGUUGUCGCAGUCGACCACGAGCAUGGACGAUUCCACCAUCAGAUCGCGCGGGCGAGGGCACUCGGUCAACGGCGACGCAGCACCAACGCUGCCCGCACCGGACUUUGGCGGGCGCCGCAGCGGAUCGUUUUCCAUGUCACCGAGUCCCAGCGCAACAGGCCUUGGUGGCGCCAUGUCAAGCCCGCACCACUACUACUACAGAGACUACUAUGCCGGGAUCCACGCUCAUCAGGGGGCCCCCGCGUCGUCGUCUAGGUCUCCCGAGAUGGUCGGGAGCUCACGCUCGUUGGCCGGGACAGGGGCUGCGUCGACGCGGCCGAGCACCGGGCGAAGUCUAGAUUCGGGGGGUGCCCCAAGGCAGAGCUCAGAAUCGGCCACGCAGCACCGCCGAGACUCGAACACAACGUACAACUCGGGCUACCUGCCUCAUGAAAGUCGCAGAUAUUCCAACAUUUUUCACUCGGCGCUCCCCCUACCAGACGGGCCCGAGGACAGCCGGCGAUCCUCGCGAGCAUCGUCGCGGGAGCGAAACCAGACGUCUGACGGGUACAACAUCCUCUGGCUGGCGGCGUCUCUCUUCGAGUUCAACAUAUCCACCACCAAGCACGAGGCGGGCUAUCCAUAUCUAACGUACCAGGCUGGCGAGAUAUUCGACGUCAUUGCCGAGAAAGGCGAGCUCUGGCUGGCCAAGAACCAGGACGAUGCGACGGACCAAGUGGGAUGGAUCUGGUCCAAGCACUUUGCGAAGCUAGCCGACUCGUAA